GCAGCGGCAGCGGCUACUAUAGCGGCCGCAGCGCCUUCACGGGAAUCGCGGCGCCGGCCGGAGGAGCGGGCAGCGGAGGGGCGCGAGGCCGGGCCGGCGGCGCUUUCGAGCCGCAGCGGGGGCCGCAGGACGCGGAGCGGGCCGGGCCGGGCCGGGCGGAGCGAGCCAGGUAGAACCAUGGGGACCACCACAGGCCCUGCGAGCAUUCUGGAGGUCUGCAGCACCAAGCUGAUGGAGUUUAUCUGCAAUGUGGACAACAAGGACAUGGUUUGGCUGCAGGAGAUUAAGGAGGAGGCCCUGAAGAUGUUCUCCAGUGACUUCAGUGUGGAGCCUGAGCUGAUGCCCAAAACACCGUCUCAGAGGAACCGCCGGAGGAAGAAACGGCUUUCCUCUAUUCAGGAUGAAAACAAGCCUCCAACCAGGAAGAGGCUGUCCCGGCGUGAGAGCCGAAGGAACAGUAGGCACAACUCCCGACUGCUUCGCAGCAAAGACAGGUUAGAAAAGCUGGUGCUGGUGGUGGCUGAGAAUGGCUCCAUUCCUCGUGGGGCUCGGACCCCAGUGGCCGCCCCCUCGCCCCCUGAGUCCCCGACGGUGCUCACCCCAAAAUCCAUGAACCUGCCAGCGGUGGGCAGCCUCGUGCCUGUCGUGGAGAUUGGUGUCCGUGAGCAGCGGAGCGCCGAGAAGUGCCUGAAGGAAAGCCAGGCCAGGACCGCUGACCAAGAACUCUCCUUCGUCAUCGGCUCAGGCCGCAAAGACAAGUCGCUGCCAGAGCAGCAGGCCGGAAGCCCCGCCAAGCCAGCGCCAGGGACCUUGUUGGUGGCGCCCACCACGGGACUGACUCGGUCUGUGGCCAAACUCCGGAUAGCCCGGCCGGCGCCUUCCGAAGACACAGCGGCCGAGCUGGGUGGGGUACCGUCUUCUCCAGAAACACAGCCCCAGUCAGAGACUGAGCUCCUCUUGGACUUGCCAGAAAGCCCCCGGACCCCAACAGGCUCCCGCUGUGACCGGCGCUCAGUGCGCAGGAGCCUGGUGCGCAAGACCUCAAAGGCCCCCAGGGUCUCCUUGAUCAAUAAGUACUCCAUGGUCCCCCAGAAGAUCAGCCCUGUUCGACGGUCCUCCAGGAAGCUGGCCCGGGAACCAGCAGCCACCGGCCGCAUCAUCUGCCACAGCUACCUGGAGAGGCUCCUGGAUGUAGAAGUGCCCAGGAAAGCCAGCUCUGAAGAGGAGGUGGAGCAGGAGACAGAAGCUGAGCCAGAGGUUCCCGAGGGCACCAGGAGAACGCUGCGCCCUCGGAAUGCCAACAAGAUAGCCAUCAGCACCCCCAGGGCGCAGCCAGAGUCCGGAGCCCAGGACGACAGAGGCAGUGAGAGCAAGACGGACCAAAGCGAAGAGCUCAGGGAGCCACCUCAGAGUGUCAGGCGGAAGAGGAGCUACAAGCAGGCCAUCAGUGAGCCAGAUGAGACCGGGGAGCAUGCGGAUGAUGACGAGGCUCUCACUCCACCGAGAGAAAAGACUCUGUCUCCUGUCUGCCCGCCCAGCAAGGUGGUGCGGCCGCUACGGACUUUCCUGCACACGGUGCAGAAGAACCAGCUGCUCAUGACGCCCACCUCAGCCAGCCGCACCAGCGUCAUGAAGUCCUUCAUCAAGCGGAACACUCCGCACCACAUGGAUGCCAAGGAGAAGGAGCGUCAGCGGCUGGAGACCCUGAAGAAGAAGGAGGAGGCUGAGCUGCUAAGGAAGCAGAAGGUGGAGGAGGACAAGCGGCGGCGCCUGGAGGAGGUGAAGAUGAAGCGGGAAGAGCGCCUCCGGAAGGUCCUGCAGGCCCGAGAGCGGGCAGAGCAGCUGGAAGUAGAGAAGAAGAAGCGCAUCGAGCAGAAGCUGGCUCAGCUGGAGAAGAAUGAGAAGGCAAAGGAGGAGCGGCUGGCUGAGGAGAAGGCCAGGAAGAAGGCGGCAGCCAAGAAGCAGGAGGAGGCAGAGGCGAGGAGGAAGCAGGAGGAGGAAGUCAGGAGGCAGAAGAGGCUCCAGCAGGAGGAGGAAGAGCGGCGGCACCAGGAGCAGCUGCAGAAGAAAAAGGAGGAGGAGCAGGAGCGGCUGCGCAAACUGGCCGAGGCCCGGAGGAUUGUCGAGCAGCAGAAACAGCGGGAGCAGCAGCUGGCCCUGGAGAGGGAGAUGGAGAGGAAGAGAGAGCAGGAGAGGCUGCAGGCUGAGCGGGAGCGACAAGAGAAGGAGAGAGCCCUGCGGCUACAGAAGGAGCGAUCACAGAGGGAACUAGAGGAGAAGCGGAAGCGGGAGGAGCGUCUGCGCCAAGAGCAGGAGCGAAAGAGGCUGCAGGAGGAGCAGGAGAAAAAGGCCAAGGAAGCUGCAGCCUCUGCUGUUGGAGCCAGUAACAAGUUCCUGAAUGUCACAGUGGAUGUGCAGUCUCCAGUUUGCAACUCCUAUGAAAUGACCCCACAGGGCCCCAAGGGGGGCCCCAAGAUCAACCCAGACAACUAUGGGAUGGAUCUGAAUAGUGAUGACUCCACAGAUGAUGAGACACAGCCGCGAAAGCCUAUUCCUGCUUGGGCCAAUGGAACCCAGCUCAGCCAGGCCGUCAUCCGCCAGUACUACCAGCCUCCUGACGUCGACCAGCUCUUUGGGACCAUCCUCAGUCCGAGGCUCGAGGACAUAUUCAACAAGAGCAAGCCACGCUACCACAAGCGCACCAGUUCUGCCGUCUGGCACUCCCCGCCUCUGCCGGGGUCCCGGCCCCUCGUGGGCCUGCCCUACGGCCUGAAGAAGCCCUGAGGAGGGGCCGGGGAGGCCCUUCUCAGCCGGCCUGCAUAUUCAGUGACUGUAUGUGUGUUUUCUGUAAGAAUCGAGGUUUUCUAGUGUAGGUGAACAAGGGGAGCUGGGAACCAAAGGCCCUUCGAGAGCUGGGCCCGGGGGCAGCAGAGACUGAGACCCCCCAGAAGCUGAGGGUGAGCUCAAGGGAGAGCGACGCUCACGCACCCCCACCCUGUACAGAAGUGCUAGGUAGCUAGCUCAAGGCUGACUUGGGCUCCAGCGUUUUAAGGGUAGAUUAAUAAAAUAUAUUCCCUGGGGCGUAACGUGGAGUUCUUGCCCUUGGGGAAGGUCUUGGUACUUGAUCCCAGGGCUCUGAAGCCUGGCCUGGGCCCACAGCAGUGCCAGAGUGGGCUGAUGUGAGGGACAGUCAUGGGCCGGAGGCCACCAAGUUCAGCAGGGGCCAGGGCUGAGACAACUGACCCUCAGGAACAGGCAAGGAGCCAUAGAAGCUUCUAAGACACCUUCCCACCUUGCUGGCUCGUGUUCCAAGGACCUGCCUAGCCCUGCUUUUCCAUGUUACCCCCCCCACUCUGACAUGCCAAGUCCUGUGUUCCCUGGUCUCUCCCAGUUUAAACCUCAUGUGAGUCUGAGGGGCCUGUUGUACAGUCAAGAAAACCAAGGCCACAAAAAAUGAAUAAGGUGUGUAGUGCAGCCUAUUGCAGAUAACACCAAGCUGGUUCUUUGUUUUUCCUGCUUCUUUAUUAGAUGUACCCAAACCAGCUCUUUGAUUAUCUUUUCUAGAAUUGUUCCAGGAACCAAGGUUAUUGACCUAGAGUUUGGAGACAGUCAUUUGCUUCCUUUUUUUUUUUUUUUUUUUUUGGUGAGACAAUUGGGGUUAAGUGACUUGCCCAGGGUCACACAGCUAGUAAGUGUCAAGUGUCUGAGGCUGGAUUUGAACUCAGGUUCUCCUGACUCCAGGGCCAGUGCUCUAUCCACUGCGCCACCUAGCUGCCCCUGCUUCCCUUUUUUAAAAUGGUGAUGACGUUGUCUUUCCUCAAGUCCUGGGGGAGUCUCCCCUUCUUCACCAUCAUUCCAAUAUCUCUGACAUUAAUCAACCAGUCAUCAUUUCUUUAGUAUCCUAGGGUUAUCCCAUCCCCCAUGAGCAGAGGCCCAUCCUUUCUUUGAUAUCAACCCCCCAAAACAUCCAUUAACCCCCCCCCCAAUCUUGUCCUUAUUCCUCAAUUGCAACAUCCCAUUUUGUGGGGGUUGUUAGAGGUACAAUAUUUUUUAUUCAUAAACUAUUAGAUCAACAGAUCAUAUAUGCACUUAGAAGGCCAGCUACACUUAGCUGCUACAGUCAAGGUUUCUAGUAUACCUAGAUGGAAACAGCUUUUCAGGUUUUGGCAUUAAUCUUUUUUUGUUUUUGUUUUUGCUGGGGCAAUGAGGGUUAAGUGACUUGCCCAGGGUCACACAGCUAUUAAGUGUCAAAUGUCUGAGACCAGAUUUGAACUCAGGUCCUCCUGAAUCCAGGGCCAGUGCUUUAUCCACUGCACCACCCAGCUGCCCCAGGCAUUAAUCUUAACUUACACAACACUGGACAGGAUCACCUCCUCUUCUCAUCAAGUUGAACUGUUUGAAUAUUGUUAGGAAAGACAAGUUUGGCGUGAUGGUUAGUUUCUAGUUCAACCAGUAUAUGUGUAGUAAAUACCAGGGAUGUAGUCCCAGUGAAGCAGGAAGGCCGGCAACCCUGGCCCAUCAAAGGCUCGGCAAAGACAACUGCAUAUUUGCAUUUUUUCUUCUUGGCUACCGGGAACAACCAGUUUCUUUAAAGACACUAAAAUACAAGGAAUUCUACAUUCUUGGCUAACAGAUUUUCUGUGAUUUACAAUAAGCACAAAAGCUGAAAGCAACUGUGUUUAAAAGUGGCACUCUAAGAGUUCCAAAGCACUGGCAACUAUUACAAUAUCACCUACCUCAAACAAAUACUUCAUCCCAGUUUUUUUUUUAAUUUUUUAUUUUAAUUUUUUAUUUUUUUUAAUGAGGCAAUUGGGGUUAAGUGACUUGCCCAGGGU